AUGGCAGAUUCUCGCAAAGUCAAAGACGGUACGUUAUUACGGUUUAAGAGUGGUCUUUUGAGUAAGAAAUGGAAAGAAUGCUAUGUGGUGCUGUUCAGUGAUUCAACACUUGCUUGGUACGACAAAAAGUCCGAUUCUCGACCGAUUGACUCCGUUUUUCUCAAAGAUGUUGUACCUUACAUUUGUGUCGGAUUGUUAUGCGACAGAAUGCCUGUUCGUCGCCCUCAACUUCCAGACAAAUAUUCAGUGCAUCAUUUAGUGGGAAUCGGUAUGGAUCCACAAGCCAGUAAAGUACACUGGUUCUUGUUCUCGUCAGACUCCGAUCUCGAGUCUUGGUUCACUGAAAUCACGAAGACUCUUCCAAAACCUGCCAAUCCACCGCCUCAAAAUGUACCAUCUCAACCUCAGCCCGCUUCAGGCGCAGGAGCGCCACCUCCAGCCUAUAAUCCGCCAGCUGUGUAUCCGAACGCACCUCCACCCGUUAAUCCACCACCACAAUAUCCUGCACAAGGCGGAUAUCAACCCCAGGUUGCUGGCUACGCAGGNCCAGGACCAGCUCCUGGUUAUAAUGCGCAGUAUGGGGGCGGAGGACCAGGAUAUGCUCCGGGAGGUGCUGGCUCGAAUACGACUGUUAUUAUUCGGGAUGGCGGCGGUGCAGGGUAUAGCAGUCCAGGACGUAGCAGUGGACCUGGAUUCGGGACUGGGAUUGGUACAGGUCUUUUGAUGGGUUCACUAUUGGGGUAUGGAUUGGGUAGCUGUUGGGGUGGAGGACUCUAUCCGCGUUACGGAUUUGGCGGAGGAAUGGGAUAUCCAAUGGGUAUGGGAGGUGGUUACGGUAUGGGAGGUGGUUACAUUCAGGUAAGAUUUUUUAUUUAA